UAAUGCCUUAAAUACAUAAAUUUAAACUAAAAGACAGUAAACAAUAUUUUUGAGGUAGAGAAAUGAAUUAUUUGGAGACUCAGAAGUUAGUUGAAUGGACAUUCUCCUCCUGGACUCAACCAAGAAAUCUCAAUACAAAUAACUUUCUGUCAAGGCCACAUAUUCAUUCUUUUUAGUUAAAUUGAUAAGCAAAGUACUACAGAACUUCUGUUAUUUCAGUUUUCAAUUUUUAAAAAAUCAGUUAAAAAACUCCCACCACCAAAGGAUCACUAUAUAUUGAAAGUAUCUGAUUUUGAUAAGAAAGAAAACACUCCAUAAAGCAUGAAUAAUAGACAUACUCCAUAAGCAUUUGCAGGACAGAAGCAGUAGACAUUUCUCACCUGACUUACUAAUUUUUUGUUAUAUAGAGAGAAAAACUGGAAUCUAUUCCAGAGGUCAAAAAGCUACAUUUUUACUCAUAUUUAAGUUUGACCUUUGAAACUAUGAUUCAGUAUUACUCCACCUGGCACCUUUUUGUAUACAGACAUCCUUGGGCACUUUUCCACCUACAGACUGGACAGUAUUGUCAAUCACCCAGUUAUGAAAAACAACAAUUAGAGUGUGAGUAACAUUUGAUUAUAAAUCGGCAUAAUUAAAACUGAAAUGACUUACUGAAUCCUAUAAAAGGCCAAUGGGACUAACUACUACGGGUGGUGUACUUUGGCUUUGCUCCUCUCUGAGAAAGGGUCGCUCAGCUGUGCUGUCACCAUGUCCUUUCGGCUUUCUAGUGGAUCCAGGCGGGUCUGCUCUCGAGCUGGCUCUGGUCGGCUGCCUGGUGGAGGAACAGGCCUCGGGGCUGGGAGUGUGUGCAGUGGGUCAGCAGCAGGAAGCAACUUUCCUUGUAGUCUUGGGAGCGUUUCUUCUGGAGGCAGUUUCUAUAGCGGUGGUGGAGGCCUGGGAAGUGGUGUCUGUGCUGGUUUUCUUGGAAAUGAGCAUGGUCUCCUCUCUGGGAAUGAAAAGGUGACCAUGCAGAACCUCAAUGACCGCCUGGCGUCCUACCUGGACCAUGUGGGAGCUCUGGAGCAAGCAAACGCAGACCUUGAGCAGAAAAUCAAGGACUGGUAUGAGAGAUAUGGGCCUGGUUCUUGCCGGGGACUUGAUCAAGACUAUAGUAGAUAUUCCUCAGUCAUAGAAGAUCUCAAAAGGCAGAUUAUUUCUGUGACCACCUGUAAUGCCAGCAUUGUUCUACAAAAUGACAAUGCCAGACUGACUGCUGAUGACUUCAGGCUGAAGUAUGAAAGUGAGCUUGCUCUGCACCAGAACGUUGAGGCUGACAUCAACGGUCUGCACAGAGUGAUGGAUGAGCUGACGCUUUGUACAACCGACCUGGAGAUACAGUGGGAAACGCUCAGCGAGGAACUGGCCUACCUCAAAAAAAAUCACGAGGAGGAAAUGGAGGUGCUGCAGUGCUCAGCAGGGGGGAAUGUGAAUGUGCAGAUGAAUGCAGCCCCAGGAGUGGACCUCACUGUUCUGCUGAACAACAUGAGGGCCGAGUAUGAGGACUUGGCUGAGCAGAACCGCAAAGAGGCAGAGGCCUGGUUUUGCGAGAAGAGCGCUUCGCUGCAACAGCAGAUUUUUGACGAUGUAGGAGCAGCCUCAGUGGCCAGGAAUGAGCUGAUGGACCUGAAACGCAGUCUGCAAACCUUGGAAAUAGAACUCCAGUCCCUCGUGGCCACGAAACAUUCCUACGAAUGCUCCUUGGCAGAGACCGAAGGCUAUUACUGCCUCCAGCUCCAGCAGAUCCAGGAUCAGAUCGGGGCAAUGGAAGAGCAGCUCCAACAGAUCCGAACAGAAACAGAAGGCCAGAAGCUGGACAAUGAACAGCUCCUAGACAUCAAAAUACUUUUAGAAAAAGAAAUUGAAACUUAUUGCACAUUAAUAAAUGGAGAAGGAAGAAAGAGCAAGUCCACGUGUUACAAAUCGAAAGGAUGUGAGCCCGUAAAUUCCGAAAAUCGAGUCAAAGACUCAAAAGAAGAAACUGUUAUUAAAACAGUGGUCGAGGAGCUAGAUCAACUUGGCAAUGUCCUUUCCCUGAGGGUCCACUCAGUUGAAGAAAAAUCCUCUAAAAUAAGCAAUAUUACAAUGGAGCAAAGAGUGCCUUCUAAAACACCAUAAUGGGGGGAAAGGGGUUGUUAUUUUUAAAAGCCUGCCUUUGCAAAAUUCCAUUGGCUAAAUAACCCA